GGCGGUUGUCAAGUAGCUUCGACGCUGACUGGAAAUGGCCGGCUCCGAACGUCCUCCGCUCCGCCGGCCGGCAGUUGGAGUGGGGGUUGUGGUGACUUGCCGGGAGCGGCCGGGCUGCGUCCUGCUCGGGAUAAGGAAAGGCUCGGUCGGAGCAGGUACUUACCAGCUGCCCGGGGGCCACCUGGAGUUCGGAGAAAGCUGGGAAGACUGUGCUAAGCGGGAAGUUCUGGAAGAGACAGGGCUUCACAUGAAGAAUAUGUGCUUUGCUGCAGUUGUCAAUUGUAUCAAAUUAGAAGAAAAUUACCACUACGUCACAAUUUUCAUGCAAGGAGAAGUCAAUACAGAUUAUGAUUCAGAGCCAAAGAACCUAGAACCUCAGAAAAAUGAAGGUUGGGAGUGGACCAAGUGGGAAGACUUACCACCAGCGGAUGAGCUAUUUUGUCCUUUAGCACGUGUAAGACAAGUUUAUCAUCCUUUUGAAGAAAAACCUAAAAAUGCUGGUGGAAAUCACCAUUAAAUGGCAAUCAUUCUCAUAAUUGUCUAUAGUUAAAUACAUUGUUCCAAGAUGUGUAGAAUCAUAAAUUAUGGUUUUGAAUUGGAAGAUCAGUAAAACUGAUUUUAAUUAUGAAGGUAUAUGUUAGCAAAUAUAAUAAACAGUCAUUUGAACUGGGCCUUAUGUGCAUCUCCCACAUUUAAAUAGUGUACAUAAAAAUUAUAUUAAAUAAGUAAAUACAAAACUAUUGAGAUGUAUUUUUAUGUUAAAAAUAUAUACCAAAAAAAUUGCUUGGGGAAAAUAAAUUGUAUUUGAAAUUCGCCACCUGUGAUGUUUAGUAUUGUAGCAGUUGAUGCCAUGUUUGUGGUUUAUGUUCUAUAAACUCCCAACAUAUUCUUUGUAUAACAUGUUGUGUUUUUUGCUGGUACUUUGAAAAUAAUGAGAAUUAAGGGGAGGUAUUUGCCAAUCUAAUUUAUUCCUUUGAUUUUGUCCGUUAUGAAUACUCAAUCAUUGGCACUACUGCCCUGAUUCUUUCCACACCCUUCAGUAAUAUAUAAGGUUACAUUCUGAACCAUAUUUUAGUUUAGUUUUAUUCCCCUCAAUUAUCAAGAAAAGCCCUACUAAUUAUGCAUUCCCCUGAAAGUCCACUCAUUUUGGUUGUCUGCAGCCACUCAAUUAACAUUAAGCCGCAUUUAUUUUGAAUUUUGCCUCAAAUUUAAAUUUUUACCAGCGCAUUCACAAAUGGUCUGGCAUGUCAUGGAGCAGUUUUUAGUAUUUGUUUCUGGAUUGGAAGAGCUUUCCAUUUUACAGAAAGAACUAGCUUUCUCUUGAUUUAAUGAGCCUUGCAACGGUGUACAUUCUGCAACAUCUGGAGUUCUUGUUGCAAUUUUGCUUUAUUAUCAUGUCAUAGCAUCAGGAACACAGUCUUGCCUCACGCAAGGAAGGCUGUAGAAUUAGUUCUUGUUAAAAUUAAAAUACAAGGUGAUUGUUAUUUCGGUUCCUUAUGAAACAUUUGCAUGAAUAACAAAGCUUAAGAAGUCCUUCCAUGACUGAGUAGGUGAACACACCAAAUUUUCUAACAUCAAACCAUUGGGAGUCUCAGAUACACAUUGUAUAAACUGAAGUUGAAACCAAUGUGAGCCAAGACUGCAACUUUGAUCUGCUAAGUUGACACGGGAGCAAUCUGCAUUUAGCAUAUGUAUAUUGUAACGGUAAAUUGGAGAAUAUUAAAAUACUUGACAAAUGAG